AUGGACAAAAUGGAAGAGCCUUUGGUACAGCCAAAGAGAAUCACUCUAAGAGAUUGGGUCUCCUAUCCUCAGCUAGACUGGCUUUACAAAUAUGAUACUCUUAGAAAUAGACGUAAUUGCAUGAUACCCCUGAACUUUGUUCAAUUGCUCUCAGCAUUUUGUGGAAUCAUGACAUUCAUGAUGAGGAAGAACAGAGUUAGUAUUUUCAUCAACAUUUUUGCAAUUAUCCUUGCAGUGAUAGGAUUACUUGGAGCGACGAGAUGAAAAUGGAAGCUUUCACUCAUUCACUGCAUCAUGACAAUAGGCGUGGUAGGAGCUGCCUUUGUAUAUGAAAUCCUUUAUGCUUUAUUUGGAAAGAAAAAGCAAACAGAUGAUUAUCAGAUCGAAGAAACAUGGAUUUUACUUGUGUUCUCUCUGCCAUAUGUUAUUGAUUUAUUUGUAGGAAUAUAUGGAGCUAUUUUCUCAGUCACAUUAAUUGACAUAGAGGAAAAAGAAAAUCAGAACCAGAAUCAGAAUCAGAACCAGAACGACGGAAAUAAUCCAAACUAUAACAUCAAUAUUCCAAUGAGUCAAGAGCUAAUGGAACUAAAUCAUAAUCUAAAGAACUCUCAAGAUUUAUGAUGUGUUUGCCUUGAAAAACCCAGAAACAGCGUCUUCAUUCCUUGUGGACACCAAUGCACCUGAAAUGAAUGAGGAAAAGGGUAUCUCCAAAGUAGAGGGCAGAGAGAGAAAAUCUGAAUUAUUUGUAGGAAGCCAGUCGAAAGAAUAAUCCAGACAUUCAACUAAAGAAGCC